GGUAUAGAGGUGUUUUCUGCUCAGAUCAGAAGCAAACAUGGCUGCAUCUGUAAUCCUUCGUCGUGCAAUUGCACAAAAACUAUUUACCAGAAAUUAUUCAUCGCAUGGAGACCCGCAAAAGAUUCAGGCUGCAUAUAAUAUGUGGAGAAAUUUGAGUCUUUUUGGUGUACCUGUAGUAUUAACUCUUGGUUUUUUGAAUGUAUAUCUGAAUGAAGAACAUGAGGAACCUCCAGAAUUUAUUCCAUAUGAACAUUUGAGAAUUCGCACCAAGAGAUUCCCAUGGGGUGAUGGCAACCAUACUCUUUUCCACAAUCCCCGCGUUAAUCCUCUGCCAACUGGAUAUGAACAUUAAAAUAUUUGCAAGCUGUUAUAGUUAAUACAUAAGUUACCUAUGCUAUGAAUUGAUAAAACCAAAUUGUUAAAGAUAUGUAUUCCAUUGUUGCAUUACUGUGCAAAUCGUACUUUUUGGCACAUUCAUGUAAGUAGCAGAAAAAAUAAAAUCUUGAAAAACAAA